UCGAUGAUGAGAAGCGGGUGCUUCCAAAGUGAGAACGUGACGAGUCUUCGCUGGGCUCCAAAAAGUCAACCUGUCUCCUGAGUAUAAAGUAGCUCCUUAGGCCGGUGAAAACUUGAAGCUACUCCAUUUUCCCCACCAUUUUCAAGAAGCAAAGCGCAGCCAGAGAUCAGAGAGAUCGAUCCGAGGGAAAAAAAAAAACAAUGGAAAGCGAAAUGUACUUCGUCUUCAUGAACUACGAUCCCGAGUACGAGCGCCUUCGCGCCGACAGCAGAAGCAAGCGAGGAGCGUAUGAGCUGGAUUCGUAUCUGAGCACCAAGCACGACGGGUUACUGGCGGCCACUCUCGAGCCGGGGACUUACAAGAAGACCUUCUCCCUUGUCAUCGUCGAUGGGUUCGCCGUGGAGAUCUCCGAGGACCAGGCAAAUGCGCUUAGAUCUGCGAAGGGAGUGAGGGUGGUGGAGAAGAAUCAAGAGCUUGCUUGAGGCUCAGGAUCUCUUUCUCUGUGUGGGCGGGUGUGUGUGCGUGUGUUAUGAUGUGUUGUUGUUAAUUGUCGAAGGAUGAAGAAGGAAGGGAGUUAAGGACUGGACGACGACGUACUUGGACACAGGUCGGUCUGGGGACUGUGUGAAUGCGUGCUGGUUACGAGUUCAUCAAUUCUUGAAGGGGUAUAUGUAUAUGCUUCGUUGGUGAAAUCAAGGCACUUUACCAUUGUACUUGUAUCGUUUGUCUCUUGGACUCUCUCAGUGCCAUUGAAAUGUUGCCUCGCA